UUAGUUUCAGUCACGACGCAGCUGCGCGGCCGCCGGGGCCGCCGCCUGCCCUGCGCGCCGUUUUUAGCUGUCGCUUUAAGACCCAUUUCCCCCCAUUGUCAAAGCGGUCGUGAACAGGAAGAGGCGAGAGGGGGCGGGGGAGCGGGUCCGACGUUAUUUAAACACGCCGUGCAAGGAGGCAUGCCAGGGGCUACAUGUGGAGAGCAGAUCUGCGGUCGAUCCGCAGGAGUUGCCCGCUGAUCGGAUCAGAUUCUCGGCGUGUUGGCCGUCAGUGAAGCCGCCGCAGGACAGGAAAGACAUGGAGGUGUCACCGCAGGUUAUCGCCUCAGGAAACGAUGACAGCGUCCUCCAUCAGCGCUUAGCUGCUUGAAGAAAAACAUCUGCGACCGAUUCGUGUGGGAUUUUAUUUUUUGUUAUUUCAGACGAAGAAGAGAAAAAGAAACCUACACAUUAGAGAGCAGGAGCAGGUGCAGUGCGCCCGCCUGCAGGUUGUGGACUCAGAUCUGAAGCUUCUGCAAGAAUGGCAUCUACUAUAGAGAGGAAAACACUGGAGGCCAAUGAGGAGCCGGUGGACGAGGUCCUCCAGAUGCCGCCGUCGCUGCUGACAUGUGGCGGCUGCCAGCAGAGCAUCGGCGACCGGUUCUUCCUGAAGGCCAUCGAGCAGUACUGGCACGAAGACUGCCUGAGCUGCGACCUGUGCGGCUGUCGGCUGGGAGAGGUCGGCCGCAGGCUCUACUACAAGCUGGGAAGAAAAUUAUGUCGGCGGGAUUAUCUCAGGCUCUUCGGUCAGGACGGUCUCUGCGCCUCGUGCGAAAAGAGGAUCCGGGCGUUUGAGAUGACCAUGCGCGUGAGGGACAAGGUUUACCACCUCGAGUGCUUUAAGUGUGCCGCCUGCCAGAAGCACUUCUGCGUCGGGGAUCGCUACCUUCUCAUCAACUCAGACAUUGUGUGUGAGCAGGACAUCUUUGAGUGGACCAAGCUCAACAACAGCAGCGUGGUCUAGGCGAUUUCUGUGGGACUUUUCUGGCUGCUGAUGAACAAACGUGUUCAACCCUGAAGAAGGGGAGGCAUGUUCAUGCAAUAAGCCUGGAAUCAACGGAGGAGAGAAGCUGCAUCUCAGUGUUUCUGCAUGCAAACCUGCACUUAUGAUCACAUGGUUUAUAAUCCAAAGCUUCCUUCCUGAAAGCAAAAAAAAAAAAAAAAAAAAAAAACAAACUUAAAAACUGAACAUGUUUAAAUUUGUUACACACUGGAAUUUCUAAUGAUAUAAAUGAACAAAAAAGCAAAAUGUCUUGGGUAUGUUUAGACGUCAGACAUCCUGCUGAGUAAGAACAUUGGUAAGCUUCCUUUAACUGAUUUUAUAUUUUUAAGUCUUAAUCAUAUGAUCUAAAUUCUUAUGUCUAUGAAAAAAAUCUUAUAAAUAUACUGCAAUAACUAAUCAUAGUUAAAAUGUUAUUUAAGUUGACACUGUGAAAUUCUUAUUUUCUAACGGAAAACAAUUAAGGAUGUUUAUGUUUAAAGGUUGAACUGUGGCGCCCUCUUGUGGCAACACUUAUUUUACAGCUUGUUCAUAUAAAGUCUUUUAAGAAACUUUUGUAAUUUCGCUAAAUUCCUGAACUUUCGAUAUUAACUGAUCAGUAUGUUUAAUAAAUGACAAUUUGAAGUAAAAAAA